AAGUGCGACUGCUUGGAGAGCACUCUAGCCUCGUCUAAAGCAGCUCGGGGAUUUCGACAGAGCUGGGCUCAGAAGCCAGUUGUUGGCGCUGUCCGUGGUGCUGAGGAAUUCCCGGCUGCCGGCAGAAUGAGCUCCAAAUCAGCAAUCUGCAAACUGCUCUCAGUGAUGCAGAAACCCAGCUAAAGUUGCUCCUUUCCUUCACGUCCACAGUUAGUAUUCUCCGGCGUGUAAGAGGGGAUUCAAGCAACAUACUGUGGACGAUGGUGACGGUAUUGCCAGCGGAGUGGGCUUUAAGCUACAGCAUGCUGUUGCUGUUUGUGAUCCUCAGAGCCUAGCCAAAUCACCUCUACUGCCGUAGCAAACACUGUGUAAGUGAACUCAUGUGUGGAGGAGGCGUAAUCAGCCGGGAAAUUUCAUAGAAGGAUCUAAGAAAAUGCUAAAAAUAAGUUCAACAUGAUUCUGCUACUGGGGUCUGGAUUUCUACAGGACCAGCAUUGCUUCUUGCUUUGAAUUCUGAAGACCGGUCCAAAGCAAAUUUCUCAUGUGUGUCUGCUGUGUUUCUUUCUGGAAGGGCGGGAGACUGCUUCUUUACUGUGUUUUGAAAUGGGAGGUAGAGAGAAUGGAUUGCCUUUAAUUCAUGCCUAAAAAUGUAUUCUUUGGGUAAUUAAAGAAGAACUGCUUUCCUAAAACAUACCUGACCUUUUAGUUCAUUUUGGGCUGUGACCCCUACCUCCACCAUUAACCUCCAGAGUGAUUAGCCUACCCCUCUUGUAUUCCCAUGGAAGGAGCUGAGUAUAUUUAAUAUUAGGAGCACAUCCAGAAGUCUUUGAAGAGGGGGAUGGCUCUUCAUAUUCAUGAAGCUUGCAUACUUCUGUUGGUCAUCCCUGGAUUGGUCACCUCUGCUGCUAUCAGUCAUGAAGACUAUCCUGCUGAUGAAGGUGACCAGAUCUCCAGUAAUGACAAUCUGAUCUUUGAUGACUAUCGAGGGAAAGGGUGUGUCGAUGACAGCGGCUUUGUAUACAAGUUGGGAGAACGAUUUUUCCCUGGGCAUUCCAACUGUCCGUGUGUCUGUGCUCUAGAUGGACCUGUUUGCGACCAACCAGAAUGCCCUAAAAUUCACCCAAAAUGUACUAAAGUGGAACACAAUGGAUGCUGUCCUGAGUGCAAAGAAGUAAAAAACUUCUGUGAAUAUCACGGGAAAAAUUACAAAAUCUUGGAGGAAUUUAAGCCCUCUCCAUGUGAAUGGUGUCGCUGUGAGCCCAGCAAUGAAGUUCACUGUGUUGUAGCAGACUGCGCAGUUCCUGAGUGUGUCAACCCAGUCUAUGAACCAGAACAAUGUUGUCCUGUCUGCAAAAAUGGUCCAAACUGCUUUGCAGGAACUACAAUAAUUCCAGCUGGCAUUGAAGUGAAAGUGGACGAAUGUAACAUCUGUCACUGUCACAACGGGGACUGGUGGAAGCCUGCUCAGUGUUCAAAACGUGAAUGCCAAGGCAAGCAGACUGUGUAGGAAAAACUUCCAACCAAUGACGAGUUCUUAGGAAAGGAUGCUAUGGCUUCUACACUGCACAUGUUUAACACAACACAAAACAAACAAACUCCUGCCAGCUACAACAGGGUCACCAGCAAAACCUUCUAGGGUUGAUAAAAGUGAAUAUUUUGCUAAGAGGAAAUUUCUCUCUUUCUCUCUUGCUGUAUAAAAUAUAUAGAGUAUAUAGCUAUCUAAAUUGCUUUUGUAUUUACCAAUGCUUGAUGGUGACUUGACGACCGGAUUUCUGGAACAAAAGGAAAGAAACAGCCUUGCACAGGUUCCUCCCCUGGUGAUGCCUCUGACCUACCAGCUCACUGUUCCCUGGUUUACUUCAUUUUUACUCUUCUGUACAUCGUACAUGACAUUUUUCUCCUGUAGUAUUUGUUUCUUCACUUUUAGAGUCUAAGGAGCUAGAUUUGACUACACUGUAAAGUUUUGAGUUGUGUUAAAGGGUUUGCUAAAGGAAUGUCAGGGGAACGGAUCUUUCCCGAGCUGGGAGAUACAAGACCACCCAACUUCUCCCCUAGGGCGAAUCAUGCCCUGUAGAUUAAGGAAAGAGAGAUGGGCACAUAGAUGGACCUAUCGCUGGACAGGGUUGGGAACAAGUACUCUACCCAUUAUGUGAGGGCUCACAAUUUAAUUCUUACAAACCACACAUUUUAUAUGCAAAACCUCUAAACUGCCAAUCAAAAUCUGUUAUGUAAAGAAUACCAUGAGCUUAACUCAAGCAUCCAAAGAGAGAUCUUUAAAAUUGUAGCAUUAAUCACCAGACUUUUUCAUGAUGUGAAAUUUGAGUUUGGUUUGUAACUAAACACACUCUAAACUCACUCUAUCACCGGGCAAUAUCCACACCAGAACCAGGGUGAGAAACCCCACUGUGAAUCUGAAUCCUUCUGAACAUUUCUGGCUUUUGAGUUCAGAUUUGGCUAAAAGCCAAUAGUCCACAAUGACAGUUUUGUGGUUUGGGACUGUUUCCCAUGUUGUAGGAACAACUACUUAGCCCUACGUCUAAAACACAGAUUCAGGACACUCUUUCCACCUCAAGUGCUGAUUUCAAUUAAAGAUUAGGGUAGAGUGAGUCUUGCACAAACAAUUCCAUUUGUUGAACAUUUUUUUAAAAUGUAUAUAUUAGAUACUGAACAAUUAAAGUGAACCUUUGAAGAGUCUCCAGGUUGCCCUGGUAAUGCUGCUAGUAUAAUCACAGAGAAAACGAAAUACACAGGGUAUCUGAUGCCACCUCGAUUCAAGUGCAAAAUUAACGAUUCUGAAACCACAUGGCGUAGUUAGUCGCUUAUUCCACACACCUGUCCUAAAAACCCUGGUGCAGAUUUGAUGGGGUCCUUGAAGAGACUUUAAGGUUGUCUUCAUUAUCAACGUUCUUUCUUUUUCUGCUCCCCCAACCUGGGCUUUGCCAUAGCUCCUGUGGAGUGCCAUAUUCUAGAGCAAGGCGUCUCAAUCUGAGUAGUAUUGACAUUUGGGGCCAGAUAUUAUCUGUUGUGUUUUAGAAUGUUCAGCAGCAUCUCUGGCCUCUAUCCACUAGGUGCCAGUAGCAACAACGUUCCAGUGGCUGGUGACAACCAAAUGUCUCCAGACAUUGCCUGAUGUCCCUAAGGGGUGGGAGUGAGGGACGUAAUUUCACCUGGUUUAAAACCAGUGGUCUAGAAUAAUCAGUAAUAGAAUAGUUUCUGCCUGGGGACACACUAGGCAAGUUCUAGCAGCACUUGUGGCUUGUGUGAGCUUCUGAUCCCUUUGGGACACACAGAGUCACCAUUCCCAAGGGGUCAGUCUUCUCCACAGAGAGUGGGGCUUCUAAUGCUACAGGCCUGCCCUCAGGAAACAUUUUUUGAGUCUUGUCAACUGCUUUUUCAUUUAAAAUUGUCAGCCUAUCCUCCCUGGAAGCAUCUCCCGUCAUCAGGAAAGAGUUAUCAUUUCCAAAAUUAAUGUGCCGACGAGUCAGACCUGACACUUUUACGCACACUGUGCUUGUGUUAUGAUACAAAUAGCCAUGCCAGCACCAUCCCGAGGAAGAACAUCAAGCCACCUUCCCUUACAACACCAAUUUGCAGCAAGGGUUGGUGCCUUUCAGUUGCCACCAUGGAUACAUCAUACAGACAGUCAUGAAUCAUUCAUGAGCAAUGCUGCAUGAUUUAUGUCUGCACUCAAAAGUAAAGGCAUUCCACACUUCAGCUUGUGUCUAGACAGAGACGUAUUAUAGAGCUUUCUUUGCCCUGAGGUUGCCUGUUGCCAGCUUCAAAAAUCCACAGUCUUGGAAAGAAAGAAUAAUAACAAUACAUGACAGGAAUAAGGUUUGAAACUCAGAAAAUAUCAUUAAUAGAGCCAUGCAGCAUAGUACCUUAUCUAUUAUUAAGGAGUUACUAUGUCCUUUAUAGAAAAACAGAAAGAGAGUGCAACUGGGAAGUUGAAGUGCAGAAAUUUUGCAUCAAAGUACUGGCACAGUGAGAGUCACAGCAAGAAUUUACUAGAAUGGAAUGGGACAUCCAUUAAGGAUCUCUCUUCAGAGAGUUUGCAGAAAGCAGGCUGCUCUGUGGCCUCUGUUACCAGCUAGAGAGAGAGGGGUUUUUACUAAUGGUUUUGUUGCUGGACUUUUUUUUCCCUCAAAGUUUCACUACAAGCUGUUUCCUUUAAGAUGCUGUAGCACUGACAUUUUUCCCCCUUUAGGGAGAGAUGCACCUAUACUGUGACAAUUUCUCAUAAACCGAUAAACAUUUUACAACUUCCUUCUACCCAGGUCAUUGAGAAAUUCUUUCUAGACUCUGAACAACAGAGUUCUGGUCUCAUCUGCUGUUUGUUUCUUGUGAAGGCUGUGUUUGCAGCCACACGGUCACCUCUGUACUCCGAUUUCUCCUCUGCCUUUGGUUCUCGGCUUUAACGACAGCUAUGUUUAAAUAAGGGAUCAACAUCUUGUUUGUCAGCUGAUGCCUAUUAAAAACAAUUCAGUUUCUAAAAAUCUUUGAAAAAUGGUGUGCCUGAAAACUAGUGAGAAAAAAAAAAAAAAACCUAAACACUAAACUGUAAAAAGGGGAUUCUAGCAACAAUAUUUGAUGUGUAAAAGAAUAUAUUAUUAAAAAAUUAUUUUGUUAAAUAUAAAGUGUGUUAACCAG